UUGUACAAAAUAAUUUUUCUUCCAGUUACUCAAUUUAAUUAGUUGUCAUUUCAAUAAUGCAAUCGCACGUCCUUUGUACUGUAGUAGUUAAUUGGAACAAAUCAAAUUAUACAAUAGUUGCAUCUUAUUCACCUACAAAUAAUUCUGAACAUAGGCGCAUUUUACUUGAUGCUAUUAAAAAAUUAUCAACUGUUGAAGAUGAAAAAAUCAGCGUUAUCUUUGAUAAUAGGUACAUUGUCCAUAUUCUGAUUGGAGAACUUCUGUAUUAUGCUUGUUUGACAUCAAUUCAUUAUUCUCCGACAGAAGCAAAAAAAGUUUCAAUUUUUGCUCAAAAAUUUUUGGAUCGAGUUAGGAAUGUCUAUCGAGAGUUACCACUUAUUGCAGAUCUUACUCAAGAUUUAGAUAAUUAUUUUACUACUAACGUUUCCACACCUCUUAAAAAAAUAUGUACAUCCCAGCAGUAUCAAGAUACGAGUUCUUUGCCGAUAAUCCACGGUGAACUUGCUGAAGUACGUAAGAUUUUGCUUGAUUCAGUGCAGAAGCUCAUCGAUCGAGGCCAGAAGCUCGAUGAACUAGUAAAGAAAACACAGUCAUUAGAAAUUAUGGUACAUAAAGAUUUUAUAUUAUCAUCAAGAUCAACGAAGAAGAAAAAAGGUAUAUUUGUAGCAAUUUUUUUAUCAAGUAUUAUGCUAUUAUCGAGCUUAGUAUUUGGUAUUCUUUUUUACAUUGAAGCUAUGUGA